AUGGCAGCUACCAACCCCCCAGCCAUUGUUCAUAUUCAUGCCCCAACCCAUCUACCCAUCAAACUAACGUCUUCGACCUUCCCUAUCGGGAAGAAACAGGUUGAAUCCACUCUCAUCGGCCUGGACCUUCUGGGCUAUAUCACAGGAAUCACUAAAGCUCCGGGUCAGUAUUCUGACGAGGCUCGCACCGCACUCAAUCCCGCUUACACAACGUGGUUCAAGCAAGAUCAAAUAAUCCUUAGUGCCAUCCUCGGUAGUCUGUCAAACGUCCUGCAACCGAUCAUUUCCUCCGCUACCUCUGCCCAUGAUGCAUGGAUUUGUUUGUCCGUUAGUUGUGCCGCCGCAUCGCGGAGUCGAAUUGUUUCGCUUAAAGCGAAACCUGACAAGAAUCCUAGAGCAAACCGGACGAUUGAUGCCUAUAUGAGGGAUAUGACCUCAAUUUCCGAUGAUUUAGCUCUAGCCCAAAGCCCCGUUUCGGAGGAGGAUCUCGUUGUCCACAUAUUCACCCAUCUCGGUGAUGAAUACAACUCUAUAGUGGCGGCCCUUCGUAGGCGAUACACUGAUACUCAGUCUCAAGGGCCUGCCAGGCUUGGGAGAGGUGGCUCGGGCUUCUCCAACGGGCGUCAAUCACGGAAUUCCAGUAACCGGCAAGCCAGGUACUGUGAUUACUGUGAUUAUCCCGCCCAUGACACCAAGUACUGCCAGAAGUUAGCCAAGUUCCUGAUGGAGAAUGGUGUACCUGUGCUCGAGCUGCAAAACACUUCGCGCCCACCACCUUCAAUUCACGCUACCUCUACUGCCCACACGCCUACUCAGUCGUGGCUCAUGGACUCAGGGGUUUCCCACCACACUGUGAAUGACGCCUUGUCCCUUCACACGCUGAAUGACUACACAGGACCUGAUGAAGUCAUGUUUGGGUGA